AAAGAUCAAAGACAAACUUCGUCUUGUAAGGAACCAAAAAUGAAGGACGAGAAAAAAGAGGAAACUAAGAAAAAGUGCGUGAAAGGUCCUGCUAAAUGUAUAUCGAGAAAAAAGACUACUGAUAAGACGCAAAUCUGUCAGUCUACGAAAAAAGACAACAAAUUUUAUGAAUCCGAAAACUUCUAUAAGAAGGAAAGUACCAACAAAGAAAAAGAACUUAAAAGAGAUAAAAAGUCUAUGGAACAAUUGAUGAAGGAACAGAUAGAUCGCGAAUACAGAGAGAUAGAUGAAUGUAAGAAGGAUUUUAAAAAAGACGAAAAGGGCAAUAAAAUCAAAAUGAUUUCCUUAGAAAAACCGACGGGCUUGGAUUGCAUGAUCAAUUCAUACAAAAAACAGGAAAAGCAGGAUAUCAAAUUUAUAAGCACACGUAAUAAAUCAAUCAUUUCUAUGGACGCCGUGCUUAAGUGGUUCAACAUUCAAUCUAGGAUUAUUAAUGACACGAUUCCAAUUAUUGCCAAGCAUGUCGGACUGUUCAAUGUAAUGUUUGAUCGAUCGUUCUCUACUGCAAAACUGGAUUAUCAGGAUGAUUUUGCUAUCGGACGAACUAUAAACGAUGAUAAAGUUCAGAACUAUUCUGCGAAUGGCGACGAUUUUCAUGGUGAUGAAUUGCCGAAUUAUAUUGAAACAGAGUAUGAGGAUGAAGAAGAUAACGUUCACGAGGAUCACUAA